AACUAGCAAGACUCCAACUUUCGUUCAGAUUUACUUUGAAACUCGGAUCGACAACAUCUCUAUAGAAAACACACAUACCUCUAAUACAGAAUUUAGCAGAAUUUUUCUAAAAAAAGAAAACUGCCGUAUUUUUUUAAAUCUUCUUUUGGCUUUUGGCUAAACAUUGACACAAACCAAAAUGGAUCCCAGACUGUAUCGGCUGAUUCGCUUUGCGAGCUAUGGGCUUGGAAACAAUAACGACCUCAACCAGCAGCGAGGGGAGCAUCCGAGUCAACCCCACCCAGAUCUGGGCUGGAUCAUGGAUGCCCCCAACGAGCCGCCCCAGAACCGGAACCCGUUGCUAUACUUUGUGACUGCACCUCCAAUGCCGCGGAAGAAGCGCAGCUUCAUGACCAUAUCCAAGCCAUUCCGCUUGCAGACGAACGUUAGCGAUCUGCAGUGCAAUGCCUGGCAGGCCAUUCAGGAUGCUCUGCCGGAGAAGCGCUGCGAGUACUAUGUCAAAUAUAUGGACGAACACAUGAACAGUCAGAACUAUCCGAAUGGGGUGGGCCUGCCCCAUCGCUGGGGCCAGUUCUGACUUCACAGGAUGCCGCCCGAGGACCAUAGACGCCGCGACAAGAUGACCCCUUCUGAAAACACCUGGAAAAGAUAUAGCUAAUAAAAUAAAACAAAUUUCAAA